UAUGGAGGUGCUCCAGGAGGACCAGCAUUCCCUGAACAAGCUCAGGAUCCUUUGUAUGGUUAUUUUGCUGCAGUAGCAGGGCAGGAUGGACAAAUAGAUGCUGAUGAGCUACAGAGAUGUCUCACCCAGUCAGGGAUUGCAGGAGCAUAUAAACCUUUCAACUUAGAGACUUGCAGACUUAUGAUCUCAAUGCUGGAUAGGGAUAUGUCUGGCACACUGGGAUUUAAUGAGUUUAAAGAACUUUGGGCUGUGGUCAAUGGCUGGAAGCAACACUUUGUAAGUUUUGACAAUGAUAGAAGUGGUACAGUGGAUCGCCAAGAGCUGGAGAAAGCCUUGAUGACUAUGGGGUUCAGACUGAGCCCGCAGGCAGUGACCGCGAUCACAAGGCGAUACAGCACUCAUGGCAAGAUUACGUUUGAUGAUUAUGUUGCCUGCUGUGUGAAACUCAGAGCUCUCACUGAAUGCUUUAGAAGAAGGGAUGUAUCUCAGCAGGGCUUUGUGAACUUCCAGUAUGAUGAUUUCAUACAGUGUGUUAUGAGCAUCUAA